CGACCCUUUGUUCUAUUGAAAGAUAGAAGAGAUAGAGAAAAAUUCCUCCUGACACGUGGCAUUUUCGGGCACCCCAUCUCCAACCGAGGUCGGCCACAGCAAUGCACAAUCUCGUCCCACCGCUUUUUGCGAAAAGGUCAGAGGGUGGAAAAAAAACCCGAAAAAGGGACCCGAUCGACCUUUGUCACUGGCCAGGCAAAGCGCAGGCUUAUCGAAACACGCCACGGCACGUUGCGCUUCACUGUUUUCGCAACCGUCGCCAAAUUGGGAGCCACGCAGGUGAAAAAAAAGAGCAACACGUAGGGAUCCUACGCGGUGACAGAUCCAUCCAUAGACCAGGAGCGAGAGAUAGACGGACGUCCGACUGCGACACGGCAUCCGCGCAGGCUGUACGGCGUGGACACGGUCGCAAGCCAGCAAAGCGAAGUCACAUACGGAUCCAUCCGCUUAGGCUGCCUCACCGCUGGCCAUCUCUCACCACUCCCAUCCACGACAGCAAGGCUCUCUCCGUUUUUCAUAGGGCCCUCUCUCCCUCUCCUUUCGUCGACGUGUCUGGUCCGCCGACCCGCUGUUCCAACUUGACGAUUUGAGAAGAGGUCUUCUCAUUCUGCUGCAGUCGAGUCGCGGGCGAGACGACAGCAGCAGCAACGACGCGACGUGAUCAAGAAGGUUGAGGACGCA